CAAAUUACAAUAUAUGCUCCCUCUUUUAGUCAUGUUUUCUGAUAUAUCAGAGAUAGAUUAGGUUCUGAAUUUGAUUAAAACCAAUUUCCAACUUUCUUUUCAUGUCUCCAGAGAUUGUAGAAGCAACGCUAGAAACAUGAAAGAGAGAGAAUUGUCAAGUUCUGAAGUUUGAAGUUUUUUGUUUGUUCAAAAAAUGGAACCAAGAAUUCAGUUGCUUUGUCUGGUUGUUCUUAUCCAAGUUUACGUCAUAGCAGCAGUUACUGAUAGUGGUGACGUUGCUGCUCUAAAUUCUCUCAAGAAUAGCUGGAGGAAUUUACCCCCCAACUGGGUGGGCUCAGAUCCUUGUGGUGAUGACUGGGUAGGAAUUCGGUGCACGAAUUCACGAGUCAGCUCGAUAAAAUUGGGAAGCAUCGGCUUGGAAGGCCAGCUGUCUGAUGACAUUUCAUCCUUAACUGAAUUACAGAUUUUGGAUCUAUCUCAGAACCAGGGUAUGACAGGACCUCUUCCAGCAUCAAUUGGGAAUUUAAAGAAGCUAACAAAUUUAUUCCUUAAUGACUGUGGUUUCACUGGUCGAAUUCCCGGCACAAUAGGAUCUCUACAACAGCUGGUCUAUUUAUCUCUAAAUUCCAAUAACCUCACAGGACAAAUUCCACCAUCUGUUGGUAAUCUAACCAAUCUAAAUUGGCUGGAUCUGUCAGACAACCAGCUAGAGGGAUCACUUCCAGUGUCAGAUGGAACUACACCAGGCCUUGACAAGUUGGUCAAAACCCUACACUUUCAUUUGGGACAGAAUAAACUUUCAGGUGAAAUCCCAGAGAAAAUUUUCAGCUCCAACAUGGCUCUGAUACAUCUGUUAUUGGACGGUAAUGAACUCACUGGCCCUAUCCCUUCAACCCUUGGACUUGUGCAAGCUUUGCUAGUGGUACGUCUUCAUAACAAUUCCUUAAGUGGGAAUGUUCCAUCAAACCUCAACAAUCUCACAAAUCUUACUGAUUUGUAUUUGUCUAACAAUGAACUGAGCGGUACUUUACCCAACCUUACUGGCAUGAGUAGUCUCCAAACCUUGGACUUGAGUAAUAAUGGCUUCGAUAACUCUGUGAUUCCUACAUGGCUUUCAUCUUUAUCGUCCUUAACAACGUUGAGGAUGGAAAACACUCAUCUUCAAGGUCGAGUUCGCACGGACCUUUUCAGCCUUCCAAAUUUGCAGACUAUAGAACUAAAAGACAACCAGUUAAAUGGCACUUUGUAUAUAGGCACGAAAUUUAGCAACCAGCUGAGGCUCGUAGAUUUGCAGAAUAAUGACAUUACUGACUUCAAGGAAACAGGAGCACAAAACAUUAAGAUAAAACUUGCUGGUAACCCCUUUUGUCAAGAGACAGGAAGAACAAAAAAUUACUGUGGACAACCACCACAAUCAAAUUCCACAUCCUUGUUUACUACCCCUCUCUCCAACUGCCCGCCUCCUACAUGUAGUUCAGACCAGGUUUAUAGCCCCAAAUGCAUGUGUGCACAUCCAUAUACAGGAACUCUAUAUUUUAGAGUAAUUUUCUUCUCAGACUUGGAGAACCAAACCACAUAUAGUGCUCUACAGGAUUCUUUGAUGCAGUUCUUCAAGUCCAAUCAAUUUCCUGUUGAUUCAGUUUCACUAAGUAAUCCAAGAAUGGAUUCUUCUAAAUUUCUUCUAUUGAACCUUAGUGUCUUUCCAUACGGCCAAGCUAGUUUCAAUCGAACAGGAGUUUCUAUGAUUGCAUAUGCAUUUAGCAGCUCGUCUUAUUUCCCACCACCACCACCAUAUACUCUUUAUGGAUCUUAUUUUUUCAAUGGUGAUGUUUACAACUACUUUUCAGAUGAACCUAAAAACUCCAAAAAAUCAACCAUUGGCAUCAUUAUUGGAGCAGCUGGUGGUGGCUCUGUACUUCUGCUACUUUUACUUCUUGCUGGGAUUUAUGCUCUUCGUCAAAAGAAGAAGGCAGAAAGAGCAAGUAUAGAGAGCAACCCUUUUGGUAUGAUUAGCAUUUAUUACUGUAGCAUAUUCAAGUUGAUUGCAUAUAAACUCUACUGGCCAACAGUGGUACAUGUUAGAGGUUUUGUAGUGGGUUUGACAGUUCAAAGCGAUGGGAUUUGGGAUUAAUUUGGAUGAGAAGAAUUUUUGUUGCUUUGGUUCUUGGGAAGUUGAAGGAAAAUUGGAGUGAGAAAUCCCAGUAGAAUUUCCAUUUUUAUUCAUUUAUAUUUAUAAAGAUAAUUAAAUGGU